CUAAAUUCGUUUCGACGCCGUGUAGCACCUAGCCGUAGGUAUAUUAUUGUGUGGCUUGCUUUCCUCUGCGUCGCGGGAGAAAAUCUACUGACUUCAAGAAAAUGGCAGAUAUCAGCAAGGAAGAACUUGAAAAAGAGAUUGCAAAGAUCCUCGAAAAUGCCAACCUGGCGAACACAUCGUCCAAGAAGGUGCGUCAAAAGCUGGAGAAGAGCUUCGACUGUGACCUGAGCGAUAAGAGGAAGCUGAUCGACCAGCUAGUCAUGGACUAUGUAAAUAGCAAGGAGGAUGAAGGCUCCGCUGAGGAGGAGGAAGAGGAGGAAGAGGUAGAAGAAGUAAAGAAGCCCGCAAAGCGAGCGCCGCCCAAGGCCAAGAAACGCAAGGAGAGCUCAGAUGAUGGCUCCGGCAGCGACUCAGAUGAGAAACCAGCGCCCAAAAAGAAGGGCCGUAAGAAGAAGGGAUCCGAUGAUGACGACGACUGGGGCAAGAAGAAGGAGAAGACUCCUAAGGCUAAGAAGGCCGGAGGCCGCGGCAAGGGCGGCGGCUACACGCGCGCCUACAAGCUGUCCCCCGCGCUGGCCGGCCUCAUGGGCGAGGACGAGAUGGCGCGCCACGAGGUGGUGAAGCGCGUGUGGGCCAUGAUCAAGGAGAAGAACCUCUACGACCCCAACAACAAGCAGUUCGCCAUCUGUGACGACGCGCUCUACAAGGUAAUCGGAACGAAACGCUUCAGAACCUUUGGUAUGAUGAAAUACUUGAAGACGCACUUCUUGGACGAGUAAUGCAAGUUUUAUACUGUAUCAAGAAAUCACACUCAUCCACCCGUUUACAGAGGGACUAUUCAAAACCGUUUGGAAAAACUUUUAAAAAGAUGUAAAUAAAGGCCAGUCGUCAGUUGUGCAGAUAUUUUUGAUUAGUAAUUAUACUAAUGUUUUUUUUUAAUGGAUGAGUGUGUUCAAUGCUGCAAAUUUUAAGAUUCCUAGAAAUGCGACCGCUUUUCAUCAGGCGGGCUGUAUACCUGUUUGCCACAGACGUGGUAUAAAAAAAAUGCCAUUAAGUCAUUAUAAUGCAUUUAUCAUUUAAGCUAGCUGCAUAAAAUGGUCUAAAAUCAACUUAUAAAUGUUUACGGAUCA